CCGCUUUGCCCGUUCUUUCUCUCUCCUCUCUGCACUUCUCUCUCCAUCUCUCCACAGACAUCAAUUCCCCUUUUUGACUAAAAUUCCGCGACUUGGGGUUUUUAAUCCAUUUUCAAGUGAAUCUUACUCAUCUCUAAACCAAAUUCGCUUCCUUUUUUCUUUGGCUCUCCAGAAAAUUUCCUCAACUGGGAUUUUUUUCUCUCUCUAUAAUUCGCUUGGAUUCUGUAGGGUUUUUCUUUUGUUGUCUCUCCUGGUCUGAUCAAGUUCCGUCGAGUUUUGUUUUUGUUCUCGUUUUACUGGGUUUGUGGGGAUGAGUUUAGAUUCCGUCAAAGUUAUGGAGAAUUGGCAAUCGAAGAAAUCUAAUGAGAGCGAGAUGAAUAAGAAGAGGAAGAAGAAGAAGAACAAUGUCACAAACAGUGAAGGUGAAGAAGAAGCAAUUGGUUGCUGGGUCAAAUUUAGGGUUAUGGUUUGCUGCGUACCUUCAACAUCAGAUGUUGAUAGCUCUCUCAGUGUCUCUACAAGCUCUGUGGGAAGUAAGUCGGCAAUUGUUAAAUCAAACGAUCAACCGGUUGGCCCGGUUUCUUCUACAACAACAACUAGCAAUGCAGAAAGCUCUUUGUCGACUCCAAUGAUAAGUGAAGAACUUAAGAUCUAUUCUCACCUAAAGAAGUUUACUUUCAUUGAUCUCAAGUUGGCAACUAGAAACUUCAGACCGGAAAGUCUUCUCGGUGAAGGUGGGUUUGGUUGUGUCUUUAAAGGAUGGGUCGAGGAGAACGGAACUGCUCCUGUUAAGCCUGGCACUGGGCUUACUGUGGCCGUCAAAACCUUGAAUCCUGAUGGACUUCAGGGUCAUAAAGAGUGGCUUGCUGAGAUUAAUUAUCUCGGUAAUCUUCUCCAUCCCAAUCUUGUUAAACUGGUGGGUUAUUGUAUCGAAGAUGAUCAAAGGCUGCUGGUAUAUGAGUUUAUGCCUCGAGGAAGUUUGGAGAAUCACCUUUUCAGAAGGUCGUUACCUCUUCCAUGGUCAAUUCGGAUGAGGAUUGCAUUAGGUGCUGCAAAGGGUCUCAGUUUCCUUCACGAAGAAGCUCUAAAGCCGGUCAUUUAUCGAGAUUUCAAAACCUCCAACAUUUUACUUGAUGCAGUAUGUUUCCUUUACUUUACCUUGGCAUAUACGUAUACGUCUUCCUUGCUUCUAAACUCUUUGCCAAUAUCCCAAUUUCAGGACUACAAUGCCAAACUAUCAGAUUUCGGGCUUGCCAAAGAUGCUCCUGAUGAAGGCAAAACCCAUGUGUCUACUCGAGUCAUGGGCACUUAUGGUUACGCUGCUCCUGAGUAUGUAAUGACUGGUCACUUGACAUCAAAGAGCGAUGUAUACAGUUUCGGUGUGGUUCUACUCGAAAUGCUGACUGGUAGAAGAUCGAUGGACAAAAACCGACCUAACGGAGAGCACAACCUCGUGGAGUGGGCGAGGCCACAUCUACUUGACAAGAGAAGAUUCUACAGGCUACUUGAUCCGAGGCUGGAGGGUCAUUUCUCCAUCAAAGGAGCUCAAAAAGUGACCCAGCUUGCAGCUCAAUGCCUUAGCCGCGAUUCCAAAAUUAGACCCAAAAUGAGUGAAGUGGUUGAAGUCCUUAAACCACUCCCACAUCUCAAAGACAUGGCUAGCUCUUCUUACUACUUCCAGACUAUGCAAGCUGAGCGGCUGAAAGCUGGGUCUGGGUCUGGGUCGGGUCGUGGUUUCGGGUCAAGAAACGGGCAACCCGUGUUUCGGACUCUGUCUAGUCCUCAUGGCCAAACUGGUUCUUCACCUUAUCGUCAUCAGAUUCCGUCUCCUAAGCCCAAGGGUGCAACUACUUAAAAAAGAUUUCCUUCAUCCCCGAAGCUAUCAGAGGCUCUUUCUUGUGACGCAAGGAAGCGUCUUUUUAACCGAUGUUAAACCGAUAUUCUUAACCGAUUUUAAGAUGGCAAAAUUAUGAUGAUGUAAGAUUGAUCUGAAAGAAGAUUCGAAGUUCUGGAUUUACCUUUGUGACCUCAUGUUUUUCGUCUAUUGUACUCUUAAUGAUUAUCUGUCAGAGGGUAAUAUUGUCAUUCCCUAUUAAUCGUCA